CAGGGGGCGAGCAGAGCCCUAGUGACAUCUCCAAACAUGUCAGCACAGUGGGGUGGACAACACAUCUCACCCUGCCCUCUGCACCCGAUCACAAGAUCAACAAGGACAAAGCUGUUUUCCCUCGACCCACACACCACCCUUUCAGCCCCAACCGAGACAAACUGCAGCUGGAUAGGGGGGAACUGUUCCGCAGGUGUCCUCUGCUAAGGAUCCUUUCAUAUUUCUAUAUUUGAUACUCAUCCUUUGGACCUGAACCUGCCCUUGAGUCAUUCAGUCAUGGUCGCUCCAGUGUUCUCCAUACUGGGAUACAUCUACUCUCUUAGCCUCCUGCCCCUGCUACUGCCUGGUUGGAGCCAGGGCAGUCCCAUCUUGUCCCCUGAGGAGCCUCGACGGGGCCCUGGGGCCAGGGGUCUGGUGGAUACCUCCAUGUUGGAGCAGGAUCAGGAUGUAGAGCUGGACAUGCAGGACUCUCUGGGUCAGUUUCUGUCUACGUUGAACCUCACAGAGCUGGAGGCCCGGGCAAGGCCCCGUGCCACCCGUAAAGAGCCACCAGAAUACAUGCUGGAACUGUACAACCGCUUUGCCAACGAUCACACAGCGGUGCCCUCUGCCAACAUAGUGCGUAGUUUCAAGAAUGAAGAUUCCUCCCCCUACAGUGUGACGGUCAGGGGCGUGAGGAGACACCCCCUGCUGUUCAACAUCUCCAUCCCCCACCACGAGCACAUCCUCACCGCCGAGCUUCGCCUUUACACCCUGGUCCAGAAGGACCGCAGACACUUUGCCGGCCUUGACCGCAAGGUGACUGUUUACAAGAUACACGAGGGGGGGCACUGGAGGAAAGAAGAGGGGAGGGACAGGAGAAGGAAUGAGCAGGAGACAGACGAAAUUGAGGAAAUGGAGGAGCUGGCAACACGGCAUGUCUAUGGUAAAGACGAUGUCUGGGUCACCUUCGACCUGACCAAUCAGGUCAACCUUUGGCGGAAGGCAGAGAGCUCCACCCACCGACUGGAGGUCCACAUUGCAAGUCUGAGGUGCAAAGGUGGGAAGACCCGCCAGGAAGUCAGAAAAGAGGCUGGAAAGAAAGAGUUGGUCGAUGUGUAUGUUGACAUGGGCUUGGAUGAGAAACACAAGCCAGUGGUGAUUGUCUUCUCAGAUGAUCAAAGCAGAGAACAUCGUGAGGAGGACAAGGGGGAGCUCAACCGGAUGAUGGAACAUGAGAACGAUGUGCCGGCUGACCUGGAGCUGAGUCCACACGGGAACCGGGGGGACCAGGCUGGGAGCGAUGCUAGGAACACGGAUGGAGUGGAGCUGGAUGAGGAGACUCUCAUGCAACUGCACUCCAACCUCUAUUACGACACUCCUCCCCGAAUCCGCCGCAACGCCAAGGGUGAUCCCUGUAAGAAGAUCCCUCUCUAUGUGGAGUUUAAGGACAUUGGCUGGGAUACCUGGGUCAUACAGCCCAUGGGCUAUGAAGCCUACGAGUGCAAUGGUGUAUGCAGCUACCCUAUGACCUCUGAGGUCUCGCCUACCAAGCAUGCCAUUGUCCAGACUCGGCUGAGCAGUAAGAUUCCACAGAAGGUGUCACCAGCCUGCUGUGUUCCCACCAAGCUAGAGCCCAUCUCACUCCUUUACGAGGAUGGAGGAGUGGUCACCUACAUGCACAAGUACGAGGGCAUGGUGGUGGCAGAGUGCGGCUGUAGAUAGUCAUAGAACUGACUAAAGGUGCAGGAGAGAAUUAUAGAGACUUUGGAUUAGCAUAGACUGAGUGGUCCUCAGUUUCACUAUCAAAGAAGAAAUCCAGAUCAAAAGUGCCGAUUUGAAAAUAAUAAUCCAUUUCCACAAGCAUCAAGGAUACUUGCUUUGUGCGCUAGUAACUGAUAUAUAGUAGGGCAUGAAUAAUUUAUAUUUACAGUAUCUAAUGAACACGCAGCUUCAACUACAUUUUAAGAUAAAGAUAAACAGGGAGGAGUAAAUAGAAAGAUGACAGAGCAAAAGGGUGCAUUAUAUGAUGGAAAUUUGUCAUUUGUGAAAGUACAUUUGUUAGUAUAUGGAGAUGAUAUAAAAUGCUAUUUUACAAUGCCAGCAAUAUAAUGUGAUUUUGUAAAAACAAAAGAGAAACACAAAAAAGAUUUGAAUGUGAAUAUUAUGCUGUUCUUUAUAGUUUGUAUAUGUUUGUCAUCUUACAUUUGACUUUAAUCGUGACGAUUUGUUGGUAUGUACUGUCAGCUAUGCACAAAACUCUCUUGGUUUAAAUGACAGAAAAACAGAACAGAUCACUCCUGCAUGCCCAGUAUAUAUACAUGCUGUUACAUAAAUAUAACCGUAUAUUCUACAUGCAAAGACAGAUGCUCAUUCUAAAAGAGCGCAGGAUGAAUGGUGUCUGAUAUUUCAAAUAUGAGUGCUUCCAUGAUGGACUAGAUGUCAUAAAAUGUGAAAUGAAAUGUAUUAUAGAAAAACAUGUGUUCCAGAAAUGUAUUAUGGGAAUGCAACUUUGUUUGAGGUCGUCUUUUACCAAGGCCUGUGGACAAGCCAAGAAUACAUGUUCACUACAAAAGUUAAUCUUGCAUAGAUUUGAAUAGAGUGGCAUUGUGCAAAAUGGUAUUGAUCCAAUGCAACUGCCAUAUGAAAAACCUUUCAAGAAUGGCAUUGCUCCAAAAGUUUUGAUAUUUAUUUUCGGUAAUACCAAUUACCCUACCGAAGACAUUCUUUAAAAAAGUAUACUCGGUCAUAACAUACUUUAUAUGGGCUAAUAAAUUCAUAGAAUAAAAAGGUAGGUUUUACAUCUACCUAAUUCUAAGGGUGGUUUUUAACCUUCCAGACUUGGAAUAUUGUAUUAACUCGCAAAGCAAGGCUUUUACUUGCCGCAUAUAGUUAAAUGCACUAAAGAGGAACAAUGGGUGCAUAUUGAAGAUGAGCAUGCUUAUCCCCAGAAUCUGUUUACUUGUCUAUUUUCUAAGGAUAAAGCUAAGAACAUGAACAACUUCAUAGUUAAGAACACUAGAACAAUAUGGAAGGAAAUUAACAUUAUGGAAUAAUCGUGGAUAGCUUUUCUGAAUUCACUGGAAACAUGGAAAACCAAAGGCAUAUAAACCAGAAAUGACUUGGUAACAGAAAAUACAUUUUAUUUCCAUGACAGAAGUAAAAAAAGUAAUUUUGGACUGACCAAUGUAUAGUUUCAAAUACAUGCAAUUUAAAAGCUAUAUAUCACAAAAUGUCGAUUUGAAAUAUUUUGGACAUCAGAGCAACCUUGAAUAUAGAAUGUUAUUAUAGAAUAGACAACUUUCACAAAUUCCACAGCAUAACGGCAGAGUCAGGUCUGAAGUGUAAAACUAACAAUGAUUCAAUAAUCCAUUCUGUCUGGGUUAUGCUAUAAUAUCCAGAAAUUGUGAGCAGAGCUAGAAAGUUGGGUGUCUGAAGUAUUACAAUGUAAAUUUACUUUUAAUCUGCUGCAUAUUUCAAGACAUGGCAUAUGGAGGUGUAUUGAGAUACCCAAAUGGCCUCCUCUCAUCACUCAUCUUGAAUUUUAUUAAAUAAAAUACUUGUAAAUCAAUUAAUCCACCAUCAUUAACACAAUGGAAAAAUCAAAUUAUUUAUUAUGGAAAUAUUGAAAUAGCAAGGGCAAACGAGAAAAGUGAAUUGGUACAAUUUAAGGCCAUGUGGCAACAAUAACGCAGGCACUAGGGAUGGAGAUGAGAGCAUGUGGUUCUGGGCAGUAGAGAUUUAGUCGUUGUUUGUGUGCAUCUGUAAGUGGUUGUUUGUAUUCGGUAUAAAAAUAUAUAUUUUUUUAAAUUAAAAAAUAUAUAUUAAAACCUUUCAAGAGGAGUGUCAUAUCAGGUCAGAGAAUGUGAAAUCAAAGGGUGAACAAUUUAGAAGGUGUUAUGGCUUUUUCAUUUCAUUUUUUUCUUGCAGAUGACUUUAUGUCUCUGCAAAAUGUCAUACCUCUACAUUUGGAGAAAGCAGAAGCAAAAAGGUACAGAUGAUGUACAAAGCCUUAGAUUAAGUUUGCCAGAAAAAAGUUAUUUUUCCUGAAUACAUAAUAUACUGUCCAUGUCCAUGGAACCAAAUGAAUGUUUUAAAUAAUUUCUGCCCACUUAUUAUUGGGCUAAUCUAUCUGCCUCAGUCCGACUCACACCCUCUACCACCCCACCAUCACACAUCCUUCUAGAGCCACAUGCAAUGCAAGCAUUGGUGAUAAGGAGGUGUUAGGGCCUGGAGACGUGUAGACCAUCACUCAGGAUGAGAAACCAUUCCAAGUGGAGAGCAGUAGGGAGAGUGUGCUGUCAGAUUCCUGGGCCCCAACACCAACAAUCUCUAUGGAACAUUCAAUACACCCCCCAGCCAGCCUCUGUUUACUGGCCAGUCUCUCUCUAUUCACCACUGCCUGGCCCCAAACACUCCCACUUCCCUUCUCUGGCAUGGAUACUCUGGGGCCCUUAUCAUGGUGUUGCCUGCAGUACAGAUGGAAAAAAAACAUGUCACAUCACCACUCCUCUUCUGCUGUCAGCGGACUGAAGAGAGACAACCUCUAUGGAAUCACGCUGAACUUUUAAACCAACUGGACUUGGUUCUCAGUCAAGAUUUGCUUUUCACUGCCAUGCAUUUGUUAAUCAAAACUAUACUGUAUACUGUACCUAAUAGCUAUUGAGUUGUUACAGAUAUUAUUUCAGAGUAUUUAUUCAUGACUUGAAAGGUGAUGGUUAUUUAUUUAGUAAAUUUGAUGUGCAUGUGAAAGUUCAGUAGACUUAUUGCAUCCUGUGGAAAUUAAUUAUUUUGAGGAAAAAUAAACUUUAUUUGUUUUGCAGCACGAA